AUGUUUUACGAACCCGGCAAAAGCGACCACAACCUCCCGCACGAUCCGUUCAAGGUGUGUGUGAUCCCCCGUCCCAUUGGCUGGAUCUCGACUGUCCAUGCCACUGGCGAAGCCAACCUCGCGCCGUACUCGCAGUUCAACAACUUGACCUUCGACCCUCCUUAUGUCAUGUUCAGUGCCAACCACAAGCCAUCCGGAAAGCAGAAAGACACGGUCGUGAACACCGAGACGACGGGCAAGUUUUGCUGGAAUUUGGCAACUUGGGAGCUCCGGGAAGCGGUGAACAUCACGGCGGAACAGGUGGCUCCAAACGUGGACGAGUUCGAGCGUGCGGGGCUGACCAAAGAGAUGUCCCGACGAAUUCAAGGUGUCCCCAUGGUCGCUGACAGUCCCGUCAAAUUCGAGUGUGAGUACUAUAGCACACUUCGACUACCAGGGCAUCCGCCCAUGGGGUCCGUGGACGUGAUCAUUGGGAAAGUCGUGGCUGUGCACAUCAAAGACGAGGUGCUCACGGACGGCAUUCUGGAUGUGAAGAAGACGAAACCCAUUGCCCGGUGUGGCUACUACCAGUACACGGUCGUGACGGAGACGUUUGACAUGGUCGUUCCGGCAACUGAUCAGGGUGGGGAAGACGUGUUGGCGGGGCUUGAAGGAAGUACGCGCAAACAUCGCGAGAUUGCUGAACGCGGGAACGACGUGGAUGAGGAGGCGUGA